AAAAAUUGAAAUUAUAUUAUUGUUUCCCCAAAUUUUCAAUUCAAAUUCUCCCUCUUCUCUCCUCCAACGGCUACUCCCUCUCUCUCUACUGUCCAAUUCUUCUCUCUCUCUCUCUCUCCUCAGACACAGAACCUCUUUCACCAUACUUCAAUCUUCUGAAUGAAGAAUUCCAUGACGCCUAGAAAUCAAAUCAUGAGAGAGAAUCAUGAAAAUGUCGCAGCAUCCCCGAACCCUAAAUCGAAGCCGACCACACCAAACCCUAAUCGGAAGCACAAAUCCAGCAAAGAGAACGCACCUCCGACGCCAGCGUCAGAUCCGAAUUCAAUGACGUCAUCUCCAGCAGCCGCCAAGAUGAAGAGCCCACUUCCACCGCGCCCACCGCUAAAGCGCAAGCUCAGCGUCGAGUCUGUGGCACCUGAUAACCCUGCGCCUGCCGCGAAUUUAUUGGAUUCCGGCGUGAAGGUAAUUGUUCGCGUGAGACCACCAAACAAUGAGGAAGAAGACGGAGGAGGUGUAGUUCAGAAAAAAACCCAAGAUUCUUUAACAAUAUCAGGUCAAACAUUUACGUUUGACUCCAUAGCUGAUAUUCAUUCAAAACAGGGUGACAUAUUCGAGCUUGUAGGUGCACCACUUGUCGAGAAUUGUCUUGCAGGGUUUAAUAGCUCUGUCUUUGCUUAUGGACAGACUGGAAGUGGAAAGACGUACACAAUCUGGGGUGCAUCCAAUGCCUUGUUGGAUGAAGAUGGGCAAGGCCUAGCGCCACGUGUAUUUCAGAGACUCUUCGAACGGAUUGAUGAGGAACAGCACAAGCAAGCCGACAGAAACCUGGUCUAUAUGUGUCGCUGCUCUUUCCUUGAGAUCUAUAAUGAACAAAUAACGGAUUUAUUGGAUCCAAGUCAGAAGAAUCUUCAGAUUAGAGAAGAUGCUAAAACUGGUGUUUACGUUGAAAAUUUAAGAGAGGAGUGUGUAUCAUCAAUGAAGGAUGUGUCGCAACUGCUGAUAAAGGGAUUAUCAAACCGGAGAACCGGCGCAACAUGUGUAAAUGCUGAAAGUUCUCGUUCUCACAGUGUUUUCACUUGUGUAGUUGAAUCACGUGGCAAGAGUGCAGCUGAUGGUUUAACCCGGUUGAAAAUGAGCAGAAUCAAUUUUGUUGAUCUUGCUGGAUCUGAGAGACAAAAGCAAACAGGUGCAGCUGGAGAACGCUUGAAGGAAGCAGGGAAUAUUAAUCGUUCGCUUUCACAGCUAGGGAAUUUGAUAAAUAUUCUAGCAGAAGUUUCCCAGAAAGGAAAACAAAGGCACAUCCCCUACAGAGAUUCAAAGUUGACUUUCCUGCUGCAGGAAUCACUAGGAGGGAAUGCAAAGUUGGCAAUGAUAUGUGCCAUUUCUCCAUCUCAAAGCUGUCUGAGUGAGACUCUCAGUACUCUACGAUUUGCCCAACGAGCUAAGGCAAUCAAGAAUAAAGCAAUCAUUAAUGAGGAGAUGCAGGAAGAUGUAAAUGUCUUGAGAAAAGUCAUUCGGCAAUUGAGGGAUGAAUUACACCGAAUGAAGGCCAAUCACGAUCAAACUGGUCAAACUGGAGCUUAUGCAACUGGAUGGAGUGCAAGGAGAAGUUUAAAUCUCCUAAGAUUUAGCCUCAACCGGCCAAUGAUGUUGCCUCAUGUUGAGGAUGAUAGUGAUGAAGAAAUGGAAAUAGUAGAUACAGACGAGGCAAUGCCUUUGAUCCGUGAAGAAACAUGUGCCUCAUCUCCUGAACGAGGUUCUGAAGAUGCAGAUGUCAACAUGGAAGAUGAAUCGUUUGAAACUGUUGACAAGGAUAAAUCUAUUGUCAAAAGCCAUAGGAUAACAGGGCACCCAGAGAUAUCUCCUGAGAUUAAGUCAGAGAAACCAUCUGAGAAGGGUUUGGGUGGACAGCCUGAAAAUGGAGAAGUUACAUCCUUAGUUUGUGAAAAUUUGCCUGAUAAUGAUCUAUCAGUUAAUCCAGUGAAUCGAUGCACCUCGCUGAAAUCUUUAGAAGAUAGAGAGACAUGUGAUAUAUCCACAAAAUGCACUGAAGAUGCUGCUACUGCUUCUGAUCUUGGUAUUAUUCCAAUUGAUGUGCCACCUGUUCUAAAGUCACCCAUUCCUAGUGUUUCGCCCAGAGUGACCAGUAGCAGGAAAAGUCUUAGGUCCUCAUCGACCAUAACUGCUUCUCAGAGUAACUUCAAUGCUGCAAAUGAAUCUAUUGCAAAGCCUACCAAUAACAUCCUUUUGAAUUCUCAAUCUACUCGCAAAUCUUGCUUCGCAUCCACCGAACAAUUAGCUGCUACGCUCCACCAUGGACUUGAAAUAAUCCAGAGUCAGCGCCUUACUCCUGCAAUGCGACGGUCAUCAUUUAGAUUCUCUUGCAUGCCAGCUGAUUUUAAAGCAGUCAUACCUGUUGUUAAAGUUGAUGUGGGUGUUCAAACUCUUUCCCAUGAUGGGAAAUCAAUAGACAAUGACACAGGAGAAUUCCUAUGCAGCAAGUGCAUGAUUAGAAACUGCGAGCAAGAUGCCGUAAAUAAUGAUGAUGUCCAAGAUAUGCAGCUAGUAGCUAUUAAUUCAUCAUCGCGUGGUACAUGCAACAAACUAGUUCCAAAAGCAGUGGAAAAGGUGUUGGCUGGAGCUAUCCGCAGAGAGAUGGCAUUGGAAGAGAUAUGUUCAAAACAAACUUCUGAGAUCAUGCAGCUUAGUCGUUUGGUCCAACAAUAUAAACAUGAGAGAGAGUGCAAUGCCAUAAUUGGUCAAACUCGUGAAGAUAAAAUUGCUCGGCUUGAGAGCCUGAUGGAUGGAAUAUUAACCACUGAGGAGUUCAUGGAGGAGGAACUCUUGUCAUUAACUCAUGAACAUAAGAUUCUUCAGGAAAAAUAUGAUAAUCAUCCAGAUGUUUUAAGAACACAAGUUGAGUUUAAAAGAGUUCAAGAUGAAUUGGAAAGAUAUCAAAAUUUCUUUGAUUUAGGUGAGAGGGAUGUUUUGUUGGAAGAGAUACAAGACUUAAGAGUUCAGCUCCAAUAUUAUCUGGAUUCUUCAGCGAAGAUGUCAAAACGAGAAACCGCUCUUCUACAGCUUACUUCAUGUGAGCCUAGCAUUGCUCCUGGUCUGUCUGCUACUCAUACAACAGAGAGUCCUGAGGAAAAACUUCAGCAGGAGAGAAUCCAAUGGACUGAAACAGAGAGCAAAUGGAUUUCUCUUGUAGAUGAACUUAGAAUGGAACUUGAAGCCAAUCGUUCAAUCUGUCAACGGCAAAAGCAAGAACUGGAUAUGGAAAAGAAGUGCUCCGAAGAGCUUAAAGAAGCAAUGCAGAUGGCAAUGGAAGGUCAUGCACGGAUGCUUGAGCAAUAUGCUGAGCUUGAAGAGAAACACAUUCAAUUACUUGGCAGACAUAGAAGGAUUCAAGACGGAAUUGAGGAUGUCAAGAAAGCAGCAGCAAAGGCAGGGGUGAGAGGUGCCGAAUCAAAGUUUAUCAAUGCUCUAGCAGCAGAAAUUUCAGUGCUUAAAGUGGAAAGAGAAAAGGAGAGGCGGCACUUUAGAGAUGAAAAUAGAGGGCUUCAGGCCCAACUGAGAGAUACUGCAGAAGCUGUUCAAGCGGCUGGGGAAUUACUUGUGCGGCUUAAAGAAGCAGAAGAAGCCAUGGCUGCUGCAGAGAAACGAGCUAUAGUGGCGGAGCUGGAGACUGAGAAUGCCUACAAAGAGAUUGAGAAAUUAAAUAAGUUGCUAGUAGCCCCCCACUUGCCUGAAGAUAAAUAUGCUGGCGUCGAAAAUCAUGGAGCUGAUGACGACCAGCAAUGGCGAGAGGAAUUCGCGCCAUCUUAUGGUGUCGAAGAAGAGCCCCCGUCAUGGUUUUCAGGUUAUGACCGUUGCAACAUAUAGAAGUCAUAAAUUCUUUUCGCUAAGAUGGCAUUGUGUGGUCCAUUGUUGUAUGUAACACAGUUUGUCAGAUAUAUAUAAAAAUGUACCCCUUGCGUGACCCAACAAUACGAAAUCUUGGCAAAUUCAUUUGAAAUUUGAAAUAUGUUGAUAUA